AUGUAUGGAUGGGGUGUUAAUGGCGGCGGCAGUGGGAUCGGGAGAGCCGUGUGCCAGCGUCUGGCCUCAGAGGGCGCUGCGGUGGUUGUUGCGGAUCUGAACCGUGAGGCUGCUCUGGAGACUGUGGACGCUCUGCAGGCGCCACGGGGACAAGGACACAUGGCGGCGCACGUGGACGUCUCGUCCAAGGACAGCGUCAACCGACUCAUCACCCUAAUACAGACUCGUUAUUUCCAGCCUCCAUCUGUUUGUGUGAAUGCAGCAGGGAUCACUCAGGACGACUUUCUCCUCAGUCUGGAGGAAGAGCAGUUUGAUAAAGUCAUUCAAGUCAACCUGAAGGGUACGUUCUUGGUCACUCAGGCGGUGGCUCAGGCGCUGGUGACCUGUGGAGCUGCCAAAGGAUCCAUCAUCAAUGUAGGCAGCAUAGUCGGAAAGGUUGGAAACAUUGGACAAGUGAAUUAUUCCGCCUCAAAAGCUGGAGUGGAAGGUUUAACCAGAACAGCAGCCAAAGAGCUCAGCAGAUUUGGAAUUCGCUGUAACUGCGUGCUGCCUGGCUUUAUUACAACUCCAAUGACGGAUAAAGUUCCUGACAAGGUUCUAAGCAAGCUGUUGACGCUGGUGCCGUUGGGGAGAAUGGGAGAACCUGCUGAGGUCGCUGAUGUGUGCGCGUUUUUAGCUUCAGAUGACUCCAGGUACAUCACAGGGACAAGCGUCGAAGUCACAGGUGGACUGUUCAUGGGAUAA